AUGGGGACGCCUCUUCUGUCUCCGAGUAGCUCGCUUCUCUCUAAACGUCAACGAGAGACCGUGGCCGAAAGUUCCCGAGUGGAGGCGGCCAAGAAGGCCCGUCGCGAUGAGACAGUCGAGACCGCCCGAGCGACGGAGGGUCAGGAUAAUGUUCCCCAGGUAAACAUCCCCGGAGCGGCGACACCGGGGUCUGGAGCUGUGCUGCCCACCUCUUCUGCCGCAUCGGGGGCAGUUCCGGCGACUUCGAAGGACGCUCCUCCGCAAUCUGGCGUGAGGCCACAGACGGGAGUUCUAGCGGCUUCUGUGUCCGCAUCAGGAGGUGCGGUUGAGAAAGUGAUCUCCAUUCCUUCUGACGAAGAGGAGGAGGCUGGAGAUGAAGAGGGGCCCACAGGCUCAGCUGACCCUGCCCAUGAAGUUGCUGGCAAAGAGGAUCCUCCCUCUUGGGCGAGUCGCUCGUCUGGGGAGACAGGCGAAUCUGAGGAGGAUGACGACAUCUCGGUUCAUGAGGCGCUAUCCAGUGAGGAAGAGGUGUUGGCUCGUGAGGAUGCGCCCGGCCAAAUAGAGGGAUCUCCUGCUCCUGCGGCAGCGUCGGCUGGGGAUCGUCCAUCAGCGCGAGAGUCUCUGUUUCAAAGGGAGGCUUCUACUCCGCAAGUGACCACUUCCUUGUCGGCGGCGGCCGUUGAUGCUGUGACCGCUGCUCCGAGGGCGUCAUUGGUCACACCGGCUUUGGCGGCGCCAAUCCCUACUUCUACGGUUAUGACCACAGGUACUUCAACCGUGAUUUCAUCCACGGUGGAGGAGGCUGCCCUCUCUCCCUUGGAGCGCGAGCGAAAAAGGAGUGCGGCACGAUCUGUGGCUGAUUUCCAAGACACUCUAGCCGGCUGCAUCAAGCUCGCUUUGGAGGAGAGUUGUCCCUUCGAGAAUUUCGAAGAGGAUCUCGACUACAUCGUGUGCUUCUUAAUCAAAAGGCUUGGCCACACUGCGGCGAAGCCCUACUUCCAGCGUAAGGAGGAAGUGAAGGAAGCUGUUCAACAGUUGCUUGCCCUUCGCGCGAAGAGUUCCACUCUUGUGGAUCUUGCAUCCGGCGAAGUCCGAGCAGCGGAGGAAGAACGCGAUCGCCGUCUAAACGAGACCAUGUCACUGGAGGCAAGAUUGUCAGCGGAGUUGGAGCAGGCCAAGGCUGAGGAUGAACGGGUGGCCCUCGAGCAGCAGAAGGCCGAUAACCGUGUUUCUCGCUUGUCUUCGGAGGUAGAGAAUCUGAAGCAAGUUAUAGCUAAGAAGGCCGAUAACCGUGUUUCUCGCUUGUCUUCGGAGGUAGAGAAUCUGAAGCAAGUUAUAGCUAAAGUGCAAGCCUCAUUGGCCAUUCAAGAGAAGGCUCGUGAACAGGCGGCCAAGGAAUUGGAAAGCAUUGGAUCUCGCCGGAUACUAACGGCUAAUUCCGCUGAGGAAAAGGAUCGAGCCCAUAGGGAGGUCAAAGAGACCGUCCGAGACUUGGCCUCACGCACUGAGGAAGAUCUUCGCCAAGAGAUCCUGAGGAGGCUAGAGCUUCGUCAUGCUAGGGAAAUUCGUGAGGCGGAACUGCGGUUGAAAACCUUGUAA